AUGACGCUUUUGAUGCUGUUCCUGGCCGUGCUGGCUGUGUGCCAGUGCGUCGUUGCUGAUUCCUGCCAAAAUACAACCAUAUCCUCCUCUUCCGAUACAGACCUCUUCGUCUCCUGCGACAAAAUCGAAGGCACCCUCACUGUCUCCGAAUCUUUCGGCGGGGUCUUGAACCUCACCGAGAUAAGCCAGAUCCAAGGCGACUUAAUCGUGACGAAUGUCGGGGGGAUAACGAAGAUCAACCUGCCGGCUCUUGAGAAGGUCGAGGGCACGGUGACGAUUACGGAUAAUGAGGGGUUGAAGAAUUUGACGCUCUCCGGGUUGCAGAGUGUCAGUGGGGCGUUGACGGUCCGGGGGAAUAAUGGAUUGAGCUAUGUGAAUCUACAGAAUCUGGAAGAUGUAGAGGGGGGCCUCGGCCUGGUCGGAGGAUUCAGUGUCUCGCUCCCCAACAUCAACGAAGUCAACGGCGACACUACAAUCCAAGGCGCCGACAUGUCCUGCGGCGUCUUCGACCGUCUCGCUGCAGAUGGCGUAUUCACCGGCUCCUACUCAUGCACCGCAUCAAGCUCAGGUCUAAGCCCAGGCGCAAAAGCCGGUAUCGCCAUUGCAGUCAUUCUAAUCGUCUGCAUCAUCGCCGUUGCUAUUUGGUUUUUCCUACGGCGCCGACGCGCAGCGGCCGCCAGUGUAAGUGAAAACAGCGACGUCGAGAAAACAGAGUACCAUAUCUUCUCCAACACGAAAUCGAUACUACGCCUCCCCCGCAAACCAUUCCCCCCGAAACAAACCUCCGAGGCUGUUCCCAUGCUGGAUGGAAGGAUGAUACUCGAAGCAACCCCCGGCGAGAGACAUGAAAGACGGCCGGUUUACGAAUUAGAUGCCGGACCACAGAGUUCGCAUCAGCGACCGAUUAAUCAUGAAUGA